AUAAGGUGGCUAAUUGAAAAUUACCCCAUCUAUAAAUACCCUUGUUUUUAUUCCUUAUCAUCAUCCUUUUAUAACACCCACGAGCCAUGCAGAUAACUGGAGUUUUGGGUGUUCUUGGAGUUGCAUCAGUGCUCUUGUUUUAUAUAUGGAGAAUUUCAAACUGGUUGUGGUUCAAACCAAAGAAGAUCGAACAACGUCUACGAGAUCAAGGGCUCAAGGGUAGCCCUUAUAAGUUCAUUUUCGGAGAUGUGAAAGAAAUGAAACAGAUGACAAACGAAGCCCAUGCUAAACCCAUAAAUCUGUCACACGAUAUAUCUCAUAGGGUCUUUCCCUUUUUGUACAAAUAUUCGGUCACUUUAGGUAGGAACUUUUUUACAUGGAUAGGGCCAACACCUAUAGUACAUGUAUCUGAACCAAGUAUGGUUCGAGAGGUUUUGGCUAACUACAGAAAAUUUCAAAAGGCAAGAGGUGGUAAUCCUUUAAGAAAUUUGCUAGCAAUGGGAUUAUUCUUUGUCGAAGGUGAUCAAUGGGUUAAACAUAGAAAAAUCAUCAAUCCUGCUUUCCAUGUCGAAAAACUCAAGCAUAUGGAAGCAUCAUUUUAUGUGAAAUGUAGUGAAAUGAUAGAAAAAUGGGAAAAACUAGUGACCAGAGAAAGCUCUUGUGAAGUGGAUGUGUGGCCCCUUUUGUAUUCUUUUUCAGGUGAUGUAAUUUCGCAUACGGCUUUUGGUAGUAGUUUUGAAGAGGGAAGAAAGAUAUUUGAACUUCAAAGAGAACAAGCGGCGAUGAUGUUAAAGAUUGACGAGUCAGUUUAUAUUCCAGGAUCAAGAUUUUUACCAACAAAAAACAACAAGAGAAUAAAAGCGAUUGAACGCGAGGUCAAGGCUUCAAUAAAGAGCAUUAUUGAUAAACGAGUGGUUGGGAUGAACACUGGUGAAAUAAGCAACAAUGACCUUUUGGGCAUACUUUUGGAUUCCAAUUACAAAGAAAUUAAGGAGCAUGGGAAUAACAAUUUCGGGUUAAGCAUUGAUGAAAUAAUAGAAGAAUGCAAGCUUUUCUACUUUGCAGGUCAGGAUACCACUGGAAAUACCCUUGUUUGGACUAUGAUUUUACUAAGUCAGCACAUAGAUUGGCAAACGCGUGCAAGAGAAGAAGUAUUACAUAUCUUUGGAGACAGAACGCCAGAUAUUAACGGAUUGAAUCGCCUAAAAACUAUGAACAUGAUAUUCAAUGAGAUUCUUAGGCUAUAUCCGGUAGCUCCGGUGCUAAGACGGCUCAUACAUGAAGAAGCUAAACUUGGUAACUUAACUUUACCGGCAGGAACGAUCAUCCAACUAAACAUAUUGUUUUUUCACCAUGACAAAGAAAUCUGGGGUGAAGAUGCGAGCGAGUUUAAUCCCGAGAGAUUUUCUGAAGGUGUUUCAAAGGCGACGAAGAAGCCAGGGGAAGGCUUGUAUAUCCCAUUUGGCGGUGGCCCACGUAUAUGCAUAGGCUUAAAUUUUGCAAUGCUAGAAAUGAAAAUGGCACUUGCCAUGAUUCUACAACGCUUUUCUUUUGAGUUAUCUCCAUCAUAUUCACAUGCUCCGCAAAACAUACUUACUAUGCAACCUCAGUUUGGGGCUCAUUUGAUUCUGCAUAAACUUUAGCAUACUUAUAUUUUGUUUUUUGAGUGUGUUGUAUUAAAUUUCAUAUGUGAUUACUCCUAAUAACAUUGUGUAUUAUCUGUAUUAUUAUGUAUCGUACUCAAUCUUUGUUAUAA